AUGAAGCCCCCACGAAAAUCGCACAACACCAGUGAUUCUUGCUCAUGUACAUCGUGUCUUUAUAGAAGCGAAUCAGAUAGACCUUCGCUGCAACGGUUAAUCCUUAAACAGUCUAAAAUCGAUCGUCUUUACUAUGGAAAGUAUGUACCCUUAAGAGAAAAAAAGUUGUUAGACAAAUUGGUCCGAACAAGAGCGGUGUACGAUGACAUCAGAGCCCAAUUGGUAUCUGACAGUACAUCGAGUCUACAGAAAAAUGCUGAUUUCAAACAGAAAACCUCCUCUAAUGAGCUUCAAAAGAGUAGUGCUAUAUUAGAAAUUGUAAACCUUGUAGAUAAAGGUGCUGCUUUAAAGACACCGAAUUUAAGUGAGUGUUGUAGCUGCUGCAGUUGUUCAUCUAAAAGUCAUCUUCAUCAAAAUAUACAGUCGCGGAAAUUGCAUCACCGUAAGCAUGCGCGUGAACAUUAUGAAAGGGAAGGACUAAGAUAUAAUAUGAAAAAAAGGAAAGGAGUCCGGUUUUGGCCCAAACACAUUAAAUCUGAUCCUUGCACUUGCACCUUUGAGUACUUAGGAUUUAGUAAUAAAAAUGCCAAUUUGGAUAAUAAUAUCGAAUCGUCACUUAAUAUUGAUGAAGAAAUUCAACCGCGACCGCGAAAGCCCUCUUUAAAUAUUGUUGAGUCUAAAACGAAGAUUAAAAACAUAAUCACGGAUGGUUUGCAAAAGAUUAAAGACUCUAAGACGAUGCUACAAGAUUCAUUAGCUAUUCGUGCAAAGGAAUCAUUAGAAAGAGUAAAAAACAUUAAAAAUCAAUUAAAACCUAUGAAAAAGUUACCAGAGGACGAUUUUUACUUUUUGGAAAAUCGGAAAGUAACAAUUUUGAAGGACGCAGGCCGAACGUCCUAUGAAAAAAUAAAAGCAUCUCAAACAAGGCUUAAAAAUAAAAUUUUAGAAAAGGGAGAAAUUGCUGAUGUUCGGGCAAGAAACUCAAUAAAUAAACUAAAACAAAUAAAAAAUAAUAUGAAUACAAAUGUAAAAGGCAGUCUUGAAAAACUAAGUUUUAAAAAGAAACCAAAGAAAAAACUAAACGUUUUGUCUCCAGAGCAACACACUCAAUUAGCGCAUAAAAUACGGAAAGAUUCUAUUGUCAAAUUUAAAGAAGAUUUAAAUAGGAAAGAGCGAUUAUUAAAGGGCUGGAUCUGCGAAGAGCCAUGUAUUCAAGGUACAUGUGAUCCGAAGCAAUGCUUAAAAAAACUUAAAUUGAAAAGAACUGUAAAAGACAGACGACGUGGUAGACGUGGUAAAAGUAAAACCCAUGUUUCAAAAGGUAAACGGCGUGAGGAAAAUAAUGCUAUAUCUUCAAACUCAUCUAAUGUAAGGAUACAAACUAGAUCUAGGAAAAAGGCUUCGAAAUUGCAACAGAAUAUACCAAAAGAAAAUACAAAGAAACUUCAAAUAAAACCAGCUUUAAGCAUUAAAAAACUUCAAAAUAAAGAAAAACUUGCCAAAACUCAAGCGCAGGGUAAAAAAAACAAAUUGCUUAAAAAACACUUAAGAGUAAAAUCCUCGUCGGAACGAGAAGCAAUCCCUCGUCAAGUUGUAAGAAUAGGAUCUUCUUUUAGUUUUAAUGUCGAAUUUUUCAAAGAAAACCCUCGUUCCAAUAUUCAGAGCUCUUCUCCUAAUUACGGCAAAAAUAACAAUCAAUCUUCAGGUUUAACCCUAAAUAGUUCGAGAAAACAAAAAUCAAUCCAAAAGGAUAAAAACAGGUCUCAAUCUAGUUUAAAAUUACUAAAACGUGAAUUAGCGAAGAAACUUAAACAUAUACAGAAACAUCGUCAGACGGCUUUGCAAAAAUCAGAAUCUGUACAGUGUGAAUGCUCGAACGUAGCUUUAGCAGACAGACAAAACAAUCAAAAUUCUUUAUUACCUUUUGAAUGCGAUCCCUCUAUAUGUAUUCCCGGUAUCUGCGAUCCAGGAAAUUGUUUAAAACUCAUCCAAAAGAGAUUAGCCACACGCUCCAAACAAUCGUACACAAGUUCACGUAAAACUAAGUCAACGUCAAGUGUUACAACUAAAUCAAAAUCAUCCAAAGCAAAGCAAGUUCAAUCAGCAAUAAUACCUCGACGUAAAGAUGUCAUGGAUAAGGAAAAACUGAAAUUUCGAGCAAGAAAGGCUAAUCGUAAACCCAAGCUAAGUAAUGGUAAUAUUGUUCGUAUCGGUUCGACAUUUAGUUUUAACAUAGAAUUUCAGAAAAAAUCUAAAAUACCUCUUCAGAACGGAAUUGAGAAUUGGCAAGGAUUAAAUACAUUCUCUAUUAAACCAAAAACUAAAGAACUUGUUCGAGAUAAAAUACCUAACUAUCUCAAAAGGGAUGUAUAUCGUAAAGAAAGGAACUUUAAACGGAGAACAUCAACAACAGGUACAGAAACAGAUUAUUCAGGUAAUUUUAAAACUCGAAAUACAUCUACUGGGACAAAAAAUCUUCAAUUUUUAUCACAUCUACUGCCAUACGAAUGUACACCUGGUACGUGUUUCCCAGGAGAGUGUAAUCCAUAUGAAUGCCUAGAAAGAAUUAAAAAACGCCAUAAUACGAGAGAAGUUAGUUUAGGUACGAUUAGUCCAGAAAAUAAGUCGACAUAUAGUUAUACUAAAAAUAAAUCUAAAGCUGCAUUUGUUCAAUUCAAGCCAAGUACAAAGGGGCGCAAGAUAUUAGCUAAAAGUAAAAUUGGUGACAGAAAAAUGGGCAAACCAAACAUUAGUAGCACCGCCUUAGAUAGUAACGCAAAACACGUUGUGAAUAUAGGUUCAACAUUUAGUUUCAACGUUGAGUUCUCUAAAAGCUAUGGUAAAAAAGAUAUUGAAAAAGAUUUAAAACCAUCGACAAAUGUGGUUAAUUUCAGUACAAGAAAAAAAGUUAAAGAAAGAGGUGUAGAAAUAGAAAAAAAGGUUGGACAUGUCGACACACAGAUAGAAAAAGUAAGAAAAGCCGAAAAGUCCUCUCUUGUUGGACCAAUGCUAAAAAGGUGUUUUUGUACUCUUAAUUUAUAUAAAAAGCAAAAGAACGAUCUUAAUAAAAGAAAGAAAUUACUUCAUGCAAAUACAACGUAUACCGUCAAUACAGCUUUACUACUAAAACAACAACAUUCGUCAAUUAAUUUAAAGAAAAUGCAGGAUUUUUAUGAUGAUGUUUCAGGAAAACAGAGUAUAUUGCGCCUUUUACCAUGUAAAAAAUAUUCCACAAAACAGUCUUUAGAAAUUACUUCAAGUUUAAGCUUGGACGUGAAGUUGAUCAAAAAAUCUUUAAAGGAUUCUAAAAACAACUUACAGCAAAUAUCAGCCGCUCCAAGUAGUUCUUAUAUUAAAAAAAUGGAGAGUCUCACAGUAUAUGGAUUAAGCAAAUAUUUAAAGCGUUGUUUCUAUACAAUGAAUAUGCAAAAUGACAGUAAAUUUAGAAAACUUGAACCCUACGAAUGUGAACCUGGAGUGUGUAUCCCAGGCGAAUGUGAUCCUUAUGAAUGUCAAAAGCUUAUUAUGAAGCGAUUGGUGAAAGGUUAUUCUAAAUUAUCUAGCACCGAUUCCAAGCCCAUUUCCAUGUCAAGUAGCCAAACCCAGAAAAAACCUUCCCAGUCGCAUUUUACAAGUGCAGAAUUGAAGUCUCAGCAUAAGACUAAAGAACAUUAUAGACAAUCACCUUCCAACGUUACGAAAGUAAAGGGAGCUAAACAAUCCGUUCGAAUUGGAUCCAGUUUCAGUUUCGAUGUGGAGUUUAAUAAAAGUCGCCCUAGACGUGAUAAGCCUAAAAGCUUAAAAAAGAGUAAGGUAAAUAUUUCAACUAGUCGUUCAGGGGCGAAAUCAAAAGGCACGCUUAAAACCAAAUCUGCAAAAUACAAGAAUAAAACAAAUUAUACAAAGCAUGACAGUCGAGAAAACGUUGCUCAAGUUAAUACAGAGACCAAACAUAAUGAGACCAACGCGCAGGAUAUGAAUAGAUGUUUUUGUACUUUAAAAUUACAUAAGAAAAGCAAGGUAAAAACAUCAAUCGGUCAAAACCAAACUAUGCCUCACCAACAAACUGGCAUUUUAACUGAAAGCAGAGGACAAAAUACAAAAGGUUUUAUACGUGAUCAACAUUUGUUACCAUAUGAGUGCGAACCAGGCAUUUGCAUACCAGGUGAAUGUAAUCCAUAUGAAUGUUUAGCUCGAAUAAAUAGGAGGAAUUUGAAAGAAACGGGUAUGGCAACAAUAACAACAAGUACUGCCGCUUCCUCCAAUACUAUUAGACCUAAGAAAAAAUUAAAAUCUCGUGCGGUCAAAGUGAAAGAAAUAAAAUCGAAAAUUCAGCCAAUCCGACGCGUCACAUCGGCUGGUAAUCGUAAAUUAAACAAAACAUCAGUCAAUACUAACCGGCAAGCUGUAAAAAUCGGAUCAACUUUCAGUUUUAAUAUAGAUUUUUACAAGGACGCUACACAUGCCCAAAAAACAAAUAAAGCAGUUAAAGUUCAUACAAAGAGAUCUAAACAAAGACCCAUACAAACAAAGUCUAAAGAAACAAAACAUAAAGGUAAAAACAUAAGCACUGCAUUUCUUAAGUCGCAAACUAAGGUAUUACAAACAGUGCAAUCGCCACAUAAAAAUAUGGCAACAAUGGUAAAGCCGUUCUUAAAGCGGUGCUUUUGUACAUUGCAGUUGCGUAACCAACAAAACGCUGCAACAGAAUCGAAUAAAAUUAAGAAAAAAGUAUAUCGAAGUGUAAUGACUAUGACGGAUAAAAGAAAGCUAGAUCCUAAUGAAUGUGAACCUGGUGUUUGCAUUCCUUUCAACUGCGAUCCAUUUGAAUGCGAAAAAUUAAUUAAAAAGCGAUUAAAUCAAGAAAUGAAUGUCAAUAUGAUAGCUAAUCCGAAUCUGCUUCCCUAUGAAUGUGAACCAAACUUUUGUAUACCUGGGAAAUGUGAUCCAUACGUAUGUUUAGAGCGAAUAAAAAAAAGAAAUAUUAAAAGUUCAGAAAUUGGUAUCGAUAAAAAAACUAUUGGAGAUACUCAAAGCACCUCUGUUCAAAAUAAACUUACAAAACUCCAAUUUCGGCAUCCAAGUAUUAAAAAGUCAUUGAAGUCGAAACAGACCCUUGAAAAUACAAAAACGCAACGCAAAAGCAAAUUCAGCAAAGGAGUUAAACGUAGCAAUGUGUCGCAUCGUACAGUCAGUGAUACCGAAAUCCAUAUGAAACCCAUGCAACAGUCACAAAAAACACUAAAACAGAAACUUAUUCAGGAAGGCAAACCCCACUCAACUAAUCAAUCACAGACUUUAGCAAAUUCAAAAUCGAUUAAAUCUGAAGUUAUUUCCAAUUUGCAACGAUGUUUUUGUACAUUGUCUCUCAGAAAAAACAUGACUGAUAAUGAUAAGAGUCAAAUCGUUAAAGAAAAGGAAAUACAAACUGAAAAUCAGUGGCCCACUAAAGAAUCUGUUACAAAAUAUGUUGAACCAACCAAAUCCACCGCUUCUGCUGUGGGCACUUUUAUAAAGAAGUGCUUUUGCACAUUAAAACUAAAUACACGUAAAGUGCCUAAAUCACCUCAAGUGAAACUAAAAAUAAAUCCGCAUAAGCCCAGAAAUAAAUUAUAUAAAUUAGAACCUUAUGAAUGUGAGCCAAAUACUUGUAUACCUGGAGACUGUGAUCCAUACGAAUGUGAAAAACGCAUAAGGAAACGACUGUUACGCGAAAACGCAGCGGACCCCAUGAAAUUAAAAUAUACUUCCAAAUCAACAUUUACACCUACUUCAAGAACCAAAAAUAUGUCUCGAGCUAUAUUGGCGCCAAUGUUAAAAACCAAUAAUGGCCAUACUCAUCGAGUACACGGUAUCAAGAGCAAAUCCUCGAGUGCCAAAAAAGUUGCUAAACAUAAACGUGCUUCAGAUAAUAAACCACAGAAUAAACAAAGCGUACGAAUAGGGUCUUCGUUUAGUUUCGAUAUAGAGUUUUUUAAAGAUAAAUCAGGCGCUAACGGUGAUACACCAUACCAUAGUAAAACAAAAGAUGUUAUUAAUCGAUCGCAAAGUCGUACUACAAAAGUAAACAAAGUGCAAAAGUAUACAGGGAAUAACAAAAAAAUCCCAAAGAUUGGGAAGGCACAAGGAACAACAAUCAGAAUUGGGAAAUAUAAUGCCUCUCAAUUGGCUCACUCACAAACGAAAUCAAGUAGUACUAUAACAGACCCCAUGCUCAAAAGGUGUUUUUGUACUUUACAACUACAAAAUGCUGCAGCUGAAAAUAAUAAUCAAAACAUACCUCGCCAAAGAGAACAACUGCAAACUCAAAAUAAAACGACGCACACUAAUGUAUCAUACAACAUGUUAUCUCCUUAUGAAUGCCCUCCUUUUAUGUGUAUCCCAAAUCAAUGUGACCCCUAUGAUUGUGCAAGAAAACUUGAAAAAUUAAAGGUACGUAACCAAGGAAUUGGAACGAAAGAAAGAAGGAGAAUGCACCAGUCGGUGGAAGUAAAACAUUUACCAAAGCAAAAAAAGAGCCAGAAAACUCAGUCUUAUAAGAUUAAAAAACUACCAACUCACGAAAAUGAACAAGGUAUUGUUGAAAUACCGCGGUUUACUAAUUAUUUAAAAAAAGAAAAUAGACAAGGUGUGAAAUUUGGCUCAAAUAUGUCUUUUAACAUAGAGUUCUACAAAGAGUUUUCAUCGCCUACACCGGUAGAGAUAAGAAAACUUAAGUCAAAAGAAAAUAAAAUAUAUACAAUGUCAAAACCACUAAUAAAUAAACAUGUUGACUCUAACGUAAUUAAUAAACGAAAACGCUUUGCUGACAAGGUUGUACCAUCUAUAAGAUCUGAUGCUCGUAAUACAGAGUCUCAAGUAUAUAAAAAUAGCGUUGACAGCAAAGGUUCUAAUACAACAAAUAUAUUAAAAAGAUGUUUUUGCACAUUAAAACUGCAAAAAAAUAAAACCGCAUCCAAUGUGCCAUAUCCACAAACAUUUGAAGUACGAAGAGCAGUGGUCAAGAAAUAUAAAGAAAAUCCUAUAAAAGAAACAUUUUCUAAAGUGAAGUGUGUGAAUAUACAAGGUGUCUGUAAAAACAUCAAAACACAUUCUCAGGAUACACAACCAAAACACAAUGAAAUGCAAACUAUUUUGUCAUAUAAGCCCAAAAAAUUUAAUAAAAAAUAUAGCGAAACCUUGGUGAUAGAAAACAAUAUCAAGACCCAAUCAAACAAGAAGCGAAUAACAUGGACAAGUAAAAAAAGACUUACAAAAAAACAAAGUGCACAUCCAAUUAAUGUGUCAACUAAACCUCGUUCUUGCAAUAUUAGUCCAACACAAAUGCACCAAAGGACGUACAAGGAUCAAACAACACAAGGGCUAAAACACCGUCAACGGCAGGCACGAAGUGAUGACAUAAGAAGUUCAUAUAGUGAUCGUCGUGCAAAAGUAUUACAAAGUAUACCUAAAAUACGAACAUCAAAAAGUCUAAUGCUGUCCAAAAGAAGUAAUACUAAAAAAUCGAAAGACAUAUAUAACAAUAUCCAUAUAGUUGGAAAUCAGUUUGAAGCUGGUGAUGCUAAGGGCAAAAAUUUAAAAUUUGGAUGUCAAUGUUUACUAAAAAAUAAAAAUAGGAUCUCAACAAAUAUAAAUGAAACAAAACAUAAAAGUAAAGAGUCCAGUAAUAAGGUCAAAAGAGUGAAACUUUCCGAGAUACCAAAAGAAGAAAUGGUUGUUAAGAAGGAUGGACCAUGUCCAUAUUGUGGUCAAUGUGUUAAAGGUGGAAUAGGUCAUAUCUGCUUAACUAAGAUUGAUUCUUGCAUGCAAAAAAUUAAGCAAUGGUCUUCUAAACAAAAAGAAAACGCAAUAGCUGCUUUAAUAGGAAAGAAAGAAAUGAAAUCUAAAGAAUUAAAACCAUUAUUUAAUGUUUAUCUAGAAGCAGAUGGCAUGAGUAUUAUUAAUAAAGAAGAAGUUACAGAAAAGGUGACAAGAUUACAAACCAAAGGAAAGAAAGAAAAGACACAUGAUAAAUUUUGUACGUGUUGUCUAUGUCUUGCCAAAAAAGGAAAGAAAGGCAAGAUGAAAGACAAUAUCAAAAAAGAGGCUAAAAAAUCUCGAAAAAAUAAGCGUAAAGAUGAACCCAUAUGUGUUUGUGGAAGUAAAGUUUGUGCUAAAGACGUAAAACGUGAAAAGAAACUACCUACAAAGAAAAAAGAGAAGAUGCCAUGUUUCUGUGGAAGUCCUAUUUGUGCUGAAGAAACCGCUAUGAUGGAAGCUAUAGCUGAAGGUCCAGCUUCUUGUAUAUGCCAAGAAGAAUAUGAAAAGAGAAAAGAACGUGAUAAAGAAGAUUUCUUUAACAUACAUAGGCUACUAUCAGCCAAGUAUCGAAAAGAAGAUUCAGAGAGGCGGAAAAAGCGACGUAGAGCUGACCAACGUAUGGAAGAAUCGAUCCGAGGUACUAAAAAUGAUGCAUUAUUGGUUGCAGGAUCAGUUUUUGAUGUGGCAAAAUUAGGUUUCUCGGGUGUUUCUGAUAUACUUCGAAUAGUAUAUAGAUGUGGCAGACACCCGAAACAUACUUGGCAUUCUAUGAAGGCCAUGGCAAAGGAUCCCAGUUUGAUUGGCAAGACAUUAAAAGAUGCUUAUAGUGACAGCAACGUAGGUGCAACGACCAGGAGAAUUGGUAUGCGCAUUUCAAAUAUGGGAUCAUUAGAAAAAACCAAAAAACUAUUAGAACAAAACGCUACGACAAAUUAUAUAUUGCACAUAGCUGAUAAAAAUCCAAAGAAGCAUUUACGCAAAAGGAAGAAACCACGACCCAAGGACCAGGUUGACUCUAAUUGCAACCUAUAUUUAAGUUCUUUAAGAAAGAAGAAGUUUAUGUGGAUAUUUAAUAGGUGGCCUUCAUUCUACCCGCACUGUCUUUCUUUUCUUAACGUUUGGAAGCAAUUUGCAGAAGUUAUGACUUUUCUAUUAGCUGUUGUCGUUUGGAGUCCCUGUAUAUUUGCAAUGGAAGUUUGUAGAGCCGUUAUCUGUUGCACGAUGUGUACUGGGUAA